UAUACACCGGCAGCGUCGCACCUCACAGCCGGGGAGGAUGGAUUUGCGAAAGAAGAUGCCGCUGAAUAUCAUUAGUCUCUAUGCUUUGAGUGUCAUCAGCUCAGCCUCCGCCGCCAGUCACUAUAACUGCAACGCUCCACUGGCUUCCAUGUUACCACAAGCCUCCUUCCAGAGCUCCUCACAGUCCUCAAUCAGUAACGCUCCUUACAACGCCAAGCUUAACAGAAGAGACGGAGCAGGAGGCUGGUCUCCUCUGGUCACAGACCGAGAGCCCUGGCUCCAAUUGGACCUCAGGGACAGGAUGGAGGUGACGGCCGUGGCCACACAGGGGCGCUACGACAGCUCGGACUGGGUCAGCAGUUAUCUGUUGCUCUACAGUGACACGGGCCGGGCCUGGAAACAGUACAGACACGAGGACGGAGUCGGGAGGUUUGCAGGGAACGUGAAUUCGGAGGCCGUCGUCCAGCACAAGCUCUCCCAUUCGGUCCGGACCCGUUUCCUGCGUUUCAUCCCUCUGGACUGGAACCCCAGUGGCUGGCUGGGCCUCAGGGUGGAGGUGUACGGCUGCUCCUACAAGUCGGACGUGGCGGACUUUGACGGCAGAAGCUCCCUGCUCUACCGGUUCAACCAGAAGUCGAUGUCGACGGUGAAGGACGUGAUCUCCCUGCGCUUCAAGAGCCGCCAGGCCGAGGGGGUUUUGCUCCACGGGGAGGGUCAGAGGGGGGAUUACAUCACCCUGGAGCUUCACCGAGCCAAACUGGCCCUCUACCUCAACCUGGACGACACCCGGCUGAGGUUCAGCAGCAGCCGGGUCGCCGUCACUCUGGGCAGCCUGCUGGACGACCAGCACUGGCACUCGGUCCUGAUCGAGCGCUUCAACAGGCAGGUGAACCUCACCGUGGAUUCCCACACGCAGCACUUCCGCACCAAAGGGGAAGGAGACUCGCUGGAGGUGGAUUAUGAGCUGAGCUUCGGAGGCAUCCCACUGCCUGGCAAACCCGGCACCUUCCUCAGGAAGAAUUUCCACGGCUGCAUCGAAAACCUCUACUACAACGGAAUCAAUAUCAUAGACCUGGCGAAGAGACGCAAGCCGCAGAUAUACAGUGUGGGCAACGUGACCUUCUCGUGCUCGGAGCCCCAGCUGGUGGCCUGCACCUUCCUGAGCUCCAGCAGCAGCUUCCUGUCGCUGCCGGCAGCGGCGUCUGCCAUGGGGGGUUUCUCUGUUCGUUUCCAGUUCAGGACGUGGAACCCAGACGGGCUGCUCCUCUCCACCCGGCUGAACCCAGAGCCCCAGAGACUGGAGCUGCAGAUCAGCAACAGCCGGCUACGCCUGACCCUGCACACCUCUGGCCAGCAGAAAUCUGAGGUCUCCACUGGUCACCGAGUCAAUGAUGGACUCUGGCACUCUGUGAAUCUCGAUACAAGAAAUCUACACAUCAGCUUGACUCUGGAUAAUGAACCGGCUUCCACCAUCGAACUGUGGGAGCAACUGGAAUCAAGAGGCAGCUUUUACUUUGGAGGCUGUCCUUCCACGGGAUGUAUGAACCCUACACUGGCCUUCCAGGGGUGUAUGCGGCUCAUAUUUAUCAACAGCCAGCCGAUGAACCUCAAUCAUGUGCAGCAAGGGAUGCUGGGAAACUACAAUGAGCUUCAGUUUGACACAUGCAACAUAAGAGACAGAUGCCUUCCUAACUUGUGCGAACACGGCGGCCAGUGCUCCCAGUCCUGGAGCUCCUUCUACUGCGACUGCUUGGGAACGGGAUACUCGGGAGCGACCUGCCACAGCUCCAUCUACGAGCCGUCCUGUGAGGCCUACAAACUGACGGGCAGCUCCUCGGGCUACUACUCCAUUGAUCCAGAUGGGAGUGGUCCCCUGGGGCCCACACAGGUCUACUGCAACAUGACAGAGGAGCGGGUUUGGACGGUGGUGACCCACAACAGCACGGCUCCGGUCCGAGUGCGCGGCUCCUCUCCGCAGAAGCCUCACGUCACGAAGUUCAACUACAGCGCCUCGGCCGAGCAGCUGCGCGCCGUCAUCACCGGGUCGGAGCAGUGCCAACAGGAAGUGGUUUACAGCUGCAGGAAGUCCCGUCUCUUCAACACCAGAGAUGGCACCCCGCUGUCCUGGUGGCUGGACGGGGGAGGAGAGAGGCGGACCUACUGGGGCGGCUUCCUGCCCGGAGUCCAGCAGUGCUCCUGCAGCCUGGAGGAGAACUGCAUGGACAUGAACUACUUCUGCAACUGCGACGCUGACACAGAUGUGUGGGCUAAUGAUACGGGAGUGCUGUCCUAUAAAGACCACCUGCCAGUGAGCCAGAUUGUGAUUGGAGACACCAACAGGACGGGAUCCGAGGCCGUCUACCGAGUCGGCCCUCUGCGUUGUUAUGGAGACAAGUCUAUCUGGAAUGCUGCAUCCUUCUACCAGGAGUCGUCCUACCUCCACUUCCCCACCCUGCAGGCAGAGCUCGGCUCAGACAUCUCCUUCUACUUCAAGACCAGCGUUCCCUCAGGGGUGUUUCUGGAGAACCUCGGCCUCAAGGACUUCAUCAGAGUCGAGCUCAGCUCUCCCUCGGUGGUGACUUUCUCCUUCGACGUGGGAAAUGGUCCGGUGGUCCUGGCCGUGAAGUCCCACGUCCCUCUGAAUGACAGGCAGUGGCACUACGUGAGGGCAGAGCGCAACGUCAAGGAGGCCUCCCUGCAGGUGGACCAGCUCCCGCUCCGCUUCCUGGAGGCUCCGGCUGACGGACACCUCCGCUUGCGGCUCAACAGCCAGCUGUUUGUGGGGGGAACGGCGUCCCGGCAGAGAGGCUUCCUGGGCUGCAUCAGGACUCUGACCAUCAACGGCGUGACCUUUGACCUGGAGGAGAGAGCCAAGGUGACCCCGGGCGUGAGCUCCGGCUGCCCCGGCUACUGCAGCGGCUCCAGCAGCCUCUGCCACAACAGAGGGAGGUGCAUCGAGAAGAGCAGCGGCUACGUCUGCGACUGCUCCCAGUCGGCGUACGGCGGGCCGGCCUGUAAAGAAGAGGUAUCGGUGUCCUUCGACAGAGAGUCCUCGGUCACCUACACCUUCCAGGAGCCCUUCUCAGUGAUGCAGAACCGAAGCUCCCAGGCCUCCAGUGUUUCCAGAGAAACCAGCAGGUUCAGGGAGGAUGUGGCCUUCAGCUUCCUCACCUCCCAGAGCCCAGCCAUGCUGCUGACUGUCAGCACCUUCAGCCAGCAGUACAUCGCCGUCAUCCUGGCCAGGAACGGGAGUCUGCAGAUCUGGUACCGCCUUCAAACGGACAGACAUCCAGAUGUAUUCAGCCCCACCCCCGGUAACUUGGCAGACGGACGCCUCCACCAAGUCAGGAUCCACCGCGAGGGCAAAAACGUCUAUGUACAGAUCGACCAGGACGUCCACAGAAAGUACACGCUGUCAUCUGAUGCAGAGUUGAUCUUAAUCAAAUCCUUGACAUUGGGCAAAGUCAUUGGAAAGGAGAAUUUCAAUGAGCAGGUAAUGCAUGCGGGAUCGAAGGGUUUCGUCGGCUGCCUGUCCUCGGUCCAGUUCAAUCACGUGGCUCCCCUGAAAGCGGCGUUGUUGAAUCGAGGAAGCUCACUGGUCGCCAUCCGCGGCCCGCUGGUCCAGUCCAACUGCGGGGUGCUUGCAGAGUCCACCACUUCACACACUUUACUAGAUCAAGCUGCAAAUAAAGAUAAGGAGCAACACGGCAAUGAUACCAGAAAUGAUUCGGCUGUAAUAGUAGGUGUGGUGACGGCGGUGGUCUUCAUCACCGUGUGCGUGCUGGCGGUGGUGACCCGCUUCCUGUACCAGCACCGGCAGGCCCAGAGGAACGCCAGCAUCAAGGAGAAGGAGCACAGACACAACAUGGAGACAGCGUACCGGGCAGAGCUGCACCUCCACAACCCGGUCAGGGACAACAUGAAGGAGUACUACAUAUGACGGACACGCGGCGUCGUGUCCCUCCUGGACCUAAACCAGAUACCUCUCUCGUCAAGGACUGUCAGGUGGAUGUGUUGUUGCAGCAUUCCUUUGAACUAAAAAAACAAAAUCUCUGUGCUCAUGUCCUGGAAGUUGCACAGGGACUCAAAAGACAAAAAAAAACUGUGGUCUAAACACUCCAGGACAUGUAGGAAGUGGAACUUGACAUCGAUUGCGCUGUCAGAAUUAAGCCGCUGUGAUUUCUGCAAAAUACAUAAACCAGCAGAUGAAUGAGAGGCAAGGGAAGAGGGGGGGGGGACCCAACUGUAAGUGCAGUGAACAUAAACUGCCACACCUUCUGAAUGCGCACAACUUAACAUUUUGUUAGCAACACUCAAGAUGCUGAAUAUUUCCACGUUUCUGUGGAAUAUGCUAAAUGACACUUGCGAGUCAAGAAAUGUAGGCCAGGCCUGUAAGAUAUGCGCACAUUUGCUGCCGUCUUUUUUUUCCCACGGUGUGGUGGUGAGUGUUGUGGUGUUGAAAGGGAACAGGAAAAGGGGGCCGGUACUGCCUACUGUAAGAGUGCCUAAUUUGCCUAUACGUUUUUAUUUGAACAUUUUAACUUUUUGGAGUGAUUGUUACGAUAGCAAUUGCAUCUGUAUAAGAGGACCUUAUUGUCACUCAGUCCUGCAACUGAAUGGAUUAUAUUUGCCUGGUAGCUCAAAACAAGACCUGGGUUCUGUGCAACUCUCAGUACCUUCUUUUAAAUCACAGUGUCUAAGGUGGAAUGGAAAUUGACAGACCAGGAAACCCCGUAUAAUCCCUUAUUGUUUGCAACUCUAAAUUUUCUAUAAGGGCACCAGUGCGUGAGUUUAACUAAUUUGGAAUCACCCAGGCCAGCAAUGCUCUGAGCUCUCCGUAGGUAAAGGAUCCAACAAAAAGGUC